GCCGCGGUGCCCGCAGGAGAGCGAACCUCAGCGUGCUCCAGACUUUGCGGCUACGGCUCUCCGGAUGGCUGAGCCCUGCGGGGCUGGCCCGGGUCGGUCCUUGGACACCCGAUACCCGCUGCGAGCUAGCCCGCCGACUCCCCGGCCCGCCGCGCCCCUCGUCCCUCCUCCAUUGCUCCAGGAGUCCUUGGGGCUGUUUUCCCCAUCUGGAACCGGAAGGACUGCAGAGUCCUAGAAACGGGGAGAGAGGUGACAACGGGUGCUGCUGCCACCUCCACUUCAGACCACGUAGCACUCAUAGGAUUGCCCACCCUGUGGCAGCUCAGAACAGAAGUGUGAGAUCAACUUGUUUCCCACCAUGACCUCCAAGAAACUGGUGAACUCGGUGGAAGGCUGUGCUGAUGAUGCACUUGCUGGGCUAGUGGCCUGUAACCCUGAUCUGCAGCUCCUACAAGGGCACCGUGUGGCCUUACGCUCUGAUCUGGACAGCCUCAAGGGCCGGGUGGCCCUGCUCUCAGGUGGAGGAUCAGGCCAUGAGCCUGCCCAUGCUGGUUUCAUUGGGAAAGGAAUGCUGACAGGGGUCAUUGCGGGAGCUGUGUUCGCCUCCCCAGCUGUGGGCAGCAUCCUGGCAGCCAUCAGGGCUGUGGCUCAGGCAGGCACAGCAGGCACCCUCCUCAUAGUGAAGAACUACACUGGGGAUCGACUCAACUUUGGGGUUGCUAUGGAGCAGGCCCGGGUUGAGGGCAUCGCUGUGGAGAUGGUAGUCAUUGGGGAUGACAGUGCCUUCACUGUCCUGAAGAAGGCAGGCCGACGUGGCCUCUGUGGCACAGUUCUCAUCCACAAGGUGGCAGGUGCUCUGGCUGAGGCAGGAAUGGGGCUGGAGGAGAUCACAAAGCGGGUGAGCGUGAUCGCCAAGGCCAUGGGUACCCUGGGAGUGAGCUUGUCCUCCUGCAGCGUUCCUGGCUCCAAACCCACCUUUCAGCUCGCAGCCGACGAGGUGGAGCUGGGCCUGGGGAUUCAUGGAGAAGCUGGUGUGCACCGGAUAAAGAUGGCACCUGUCGAUCAGAUUGUCACACUCAUGCUUGACCACAUGACCAGUGCCUCCAAUGCUUCCCAUGUGCCUGUGCAGCCAGGCUCCUCAGUGGUACUAAUGGUCAACAACCUGGGUGGCCUGUCCUUCCUGGAACUGGGCAUCAUAGCUGAUGCCACCGUGCGCUUGCUAGAGGGCCGUGGGGUAAAGGUCGCCCGUGCCCUUGUGGGCACCUUCAUGUCAGCUCUGGAGAUGCCUGGUGUUUCCCUUACCCUGUUGCUGGUGGAUGAACCCCUUCUCAAGUUGAUUGAUGCUGAAACCAGUGCAGUAGCCUGGCCUAAUGUGGCCAAGAUCUCUGUGACUGGGCAGAAGCGGAUCCGGGCAGCUCCCACUGAGCCUCAGGAGGUCCCUGAGGCCACUGCAGCAGGAGGAGAAGCCUCGAAGCAGAUGGUGCUUGUGUUGGAGCGGGUGUGUACCACCCUUUUGGGUCUGGAGGAACACUUGAAUGCCCUGGACCGGGCCGCUGGUGAUGGGGACUGCGGCACUACCCACAGCCGUGCUGCCAAAGCUAUCCAAGACUGGCUAAAGGAGGGCCCAGCCCCAGCCAGCCCUUCCCAGCUACUCUCCAGACUGUCUGUCCUGCUGCUGGAAAGGAUGGGAGGCUCAUCUGGGGCGCUCUAUGGCCUGUUCCUGACUGCAGCUGCUCAGCCUCUCAAGGCUAAGACUGACCUACCAGCCUGGUCUGCUGCUAUGGAUGCCGGCCUAGAGGCCAUGCAGAAGUAUGGAAAGGCUGCACCAGGAGACAGGACUAUGCUGGAUUCUCUGUGGGCAGCAGGACAGGAGCUCAAAGCCUGGAAGAACCCAGGAGCCAAUCUCUUCUCGGUCCUGACUAAAGCAGUCAAGAGUGCAGAAGCUGCAGCCGAGGCCACCAAGAACAUGGAGGCUGGUGCCGGGAGAGCCAGUUACAUCAGCUCUUCACGGCUGGAGCAACCAGACCCUGGAGCAGUGGCAGCUGCUGCCAUCCUCCGUGCCAUCCUGGAGGUCUUGCAGAUCCAGAGAGCCUGACUGCCUCCCUCCUCCACUCUCCUCGCUAUACUGAGGUGCCCCGUCACUUCCUUCUGCCCUCCAGUGGGCACCUUUGCCCUCGCUCACCCUAACAUCCAUCUACAUGGAACAGAAUAUCCUCCACACCUCCUCUGUUCCAUGCAGACAGCAUCUGGCUGGAUGACUCGGGCAUCCCGCCAGCACUGCUCUUUCCUUCCUCAAUGAGGAGUCCCAGAUCAUGUCUACCCUGCCACAAGCAGCCCUGGGUGCCUGUGAUAAGGCUUUUCCCUGGGAGCGGCACAGCUAGGUGUGCCAACAUGGUUUCAAGACUCCAAGCCUCUCCUUCUGAAAGGCUGCCUGCACCUGAGUUGUGGUGUAGAAAGCUAAUAAAACAUAUUGAAGCCAUAA